AUGGCGCAUCAAGUGCAAGGAACCGCAUUCAUCACCGGCGGCGCAUCAGGCAUCGGCGAGGCCACCGCGCACGUCCUCGCAAAGAACGGGAUUAGCGCGCUCGCACUGCUAGACGUCAACCCGGUACUCCUGGAGGAGACGAAAAAGCAACUAUUGGCUGAGUAUGCACAGCUCCGCGUCGCUGCCUUCCAGGUCGACGUCAGGGACGAGGCAGCCGUCGAGGAUGCCGUGCGGAAAACGGCGGAGGAAUUCGGACAGAUCGAUAUCGGGGUGAACGCUGCGGGCAUCAGUGGCAAGGCGGGUCCAUCGCAUGAUACGGACCUGUCGGACUGGCAGAGGGUGAUUGAUAUCAAUCAGACGGGGUUGUGGAUCUGUCAGCGGGCGCUGAUUCGGCAGAUGCUGAAGCAGGAGUCUCGAGGAGCGCGCGACGGACGCGGCACGAUUGUCAAUAUCGCGUCGAUGUAUGGGGUUAGGGCGCCCUCGGGGGACAUUGCGAUUGCGCCUUAUGUGGCUGCGAAACAUGCUGUUGUGGGGAAUGACCAAGAUGAUUUGUGGAUACGCCUGAUAAGACGGUCGAUAGAAUCCGGCGCGCUCGACUCGCAGGUCGCGAUGAUUCCCCUGGGACGUCGUGCGGUGGCGGACGAGAUUGCCAACGCGAUUCUAUUUCUCGCUUCGCCCAUGAGCAGCUACAUGUGUGGAGAAGCGAUGGUUGUAGACGGAGGAUUGACAGCAUUGUCUCUUCAUCGGCAAUUAUCGUGA